UUCUGACCCGGAAUUAACAGGCGCGAGCCAGCCAGCCUGAUCACAACAAGGGUCGAGACCACACGUGUCAGGCUCUACAAUGGGUAAAAAAAGCAAAGUUGGAAAACAGCGGAAGGAUGCCUUUUACCACAAGGCAAAGAUUGCGGGUUUCCGUGCCCGAUCUGCCUAUAAAUUGAUCCAGCUAAAUACCAAGUAUGAGUUCCUACAAAAAUCUCGCGUCUGCAUUGAUUUGUGUGCAGCUCCGGGGUCAUGGAUGCAGGUUGCCAAGAAGUACAUGCCUUUAUCCUCAAUCAUUGUUGGUGUUGAUUUGUUUCCUAUCAAGCCCAUACCUGGGACACUCUCUAUAGUGGGAGACAUAACUACAGAAAAAGUGAGGCAGGAGUUGAAGUCAACUUUGAAGACAUGGAAGGCUGAUUUAGUUCUUCAUGAUGGUGCUCCAAAUGUUGGUCAGAACUGGUUAUAUGAUGCUUACCAACAGAACUUGCUGGUGCUUCACUCAUUUAAGUUGGCGUGUGAAUUUCUGCAAAAAGGUGGUUGUUUUGUAACGAAGGUCUUCCGUUCCAAGGACUACUUUAACCUUGAGUAUGUCUUUCGGAAACUCUUCAAGAAGGUGGAAGCCACUAAACCACAAGCUUCUCGUUAUGAAUCGGCAGAAAUCUUUGUGGUGUGUCAUGGCUACCUUAACCCAUCCAAGAUUGACCCGGAGUUCUUCUCGGCAAAACAUGUGUUCCAAGAACUUAAUCCAGAGCCUAAUACUAAACUUAACCUUUUAAAACCAGAAAAGACUCGUCGGAAACCAGAGGGAUAUGCUGAAGGAGCAACUACGCUCUACAACCGAGUUCCCGUAUCCAAGUUUAUUCAUUCAGGAAACUUUGUUGAGGUUCUGCAGGAAGCUUCAGAGUUUGACUUCGAUGACGAAACAAUCAGAAAUCACCGGCUAACCACAGAGGUCAUAGUGGAGAACUGUAAGGACAUUAAGGUAUUGGGGAGAAAGGAUUUGCGGCAACUGUUGACCUGGAGAAAAAACCUGAAGGCUGAUCUAGAGAAAAUAGCAGAAGAGAAGAAGGAGACGCCAGCUGAAGAAAAAACAACAACGAACGAGGAAGAUCAAGAGACAAAUGAAGAAGUCGAGAUGAACAAACUACAACAACAAAUUUUGGAUUUGAAGACAGAACAAGCCAGAGAAGAUAAGCGAGCAAGGAAGCGCAAGUUGAAAGAAAAGAAGAAGCUUGAGGAGCAGCUACGCUUGAAAGCCCUUAUACCCGGAGACCCCGGCCCAACGGAGAAUGCAGAGGCUGGCCUGUUCAACCUUCAAAAACUGUCUCAGGUGCAGAAUAUUGAUAGUGUGGUGGACCAGGAGGGAGAUAUGGUGCUCUCUGGCAGCGAGAGUGAGGCAGAGGAAGAAGGUCCAAAGUACAUGAAAUAUAGUCGAGAAGAAGGACGCCUCGACAACACAGGAAGAUUUUACAUGGGUAAAGGUGACAAAGAAAUAGGUGACGACGAAGAGGAGGAGGAGAGUGAUGAUGAAGAAGAGGGAUUAGGCAUCAAGAGCAAGACCUCACUUGACCACGUGGGGAGUGAUGACGAGGAUGGCGACGCUGUAAAUCCGCUAUUGACUGACCUUGUUGGAGAUAAACGAGAAAAUAGAAGAGCUAGAAAGGCGGAAAACUGGUUUAGUCAGGAUGUCUUCAAGGACCUAGAGACAGAGGCAGAUGAAGACUAUGAGCUGGACUCGGCCAUUCGGAAGUAUAAGGAAAGUGGUGGAACUGUAUUGGGAAAACAAUCCAAGAAACCUGUAAAGAAGGAACCUGAGGGCAACGAAUCAGGAUACACCAGUGAUCAUUCAGACGUAGAAGAAGCACGAGAUGCACCCGACUCCAAUUCCGACUCAGAUUCAGACACGGACUCGGAAGAAGAACCUGUAACAGCUGGCCCACAGAUGAUAGGACGAGCAGUUGGCAGUGGUAUCACAAAAGGUAAUAAGAGGAAAAAAGACCAGGCUGGAUUAGAUAAUGUUGGUCUUGCACUAGCCACUCAAAUGAUCUACUCCAAAAAAGCCAAGAGAGAUAUCACGGAUGCUGGUUGGAAUAGAUAUAUGUUUGGUGAUGGAGAUGAUCUCCCAAACUGGUUCGUGAAUGAUGAGAAGAAGUACAACACAUUGAGGAUAGAAGUAAAUCCUGAGGACUUGAACAUGUAUCGUGACCGUUCCAAGGAUGUCAAUGCCCAAACAAUAAAAAAGGUGGUUGAAGCAAAAGCUCGUAAGCAACGGCGUGUAAAGAAGCGUAUGGAAAGGGCCCGGAAAAAGGCAGAGAAUGUGACAAAUAAUGCUGAUAUGUCAGAAAGAGAGAAAGCACAGGAAGUCAAGAAGUUAUAUAAUAAGGCACUUACACCACUGAAGAAGAAAGACACUACUUAUGUUGUGAUGAAGAAGAGGCAUGGAGGGCAGAAGCCCAAAGGCACCAAAGGUCCAUAUAAAUUAGUUGACAAAAGGAUGAAGAAAGAUGCGAGAGCCAUGAAGAAAUCAGUUGCCAAGAAGAGCAAAGCAGGUAAAGGAAUUUCAAAGCCCAAGCCAAAACCAAAACCCAAGACCAAAGGAACGAAAAGAGGAAAGAAAUAGAUGAAUACUACAAUAUAUUUGUGUAGGAUAUUCCUUGUUGUAGUCCCUAUGUACUAUUGCAAUAUUUGUUUCUUACUAAUAGUUUUGUAAAUGUCUGAAAAUAUUAUAAGAAUAAUUACAUCAUAGAUUGAAUGUGAUCUAUGUUUGAAGCAACGACUAGACGAAAAUUGCAUAACAUUUGUACUUUCUUUUAAAGUAUGGAAAAGCCCUAAGUAAAGAUGUUAAUAAAAGUGGAUCCCAAUAA